AUGGCAAUGUGCGAGCGGAACCCUCUGAACCCGGGCUAUGUUGGACCUCUGUUGAAUUUGGCCCCCACCCCCGAGUCGCUCUAUUUGUCCAACUUGCGGGGCAAUGGGGCCCACAUGCCCGCGCUCCACCACCACCACCAUCACCACCACAUCCCUUUCAACAGGAGGGCAGAGCUGUGCACGCUCCCGUGGCCCACCUCAAGUUCGUGCACGUCCGGCCAGGUCGCGCCACCACAGAACCGCGCCUUCGGAGCCUACUGCCCGCCGUUUCGCGCCAACACGGCAGCGCCUGUAAACAACAACAACACCGUCAAGUCUGUCGCCCCGGAGGAGCCCCCGUCUGCACCGCGGUGUCCGCAGGGCCCCGACCUCAAGGCGCCUCAGCCCCCCGGAUCCCAUCAGGUAUACGCGGAGGAGCUGCGAGGCCACGCCGUAGGGCUGCGCGGGUAUUUCGACUCGGAGGACCGAGGGCACGGUUCUGCUAGUCAGCUUGAGCAGGACUCUGCCGGUGGGCUCCAUGCGGACGACAAACGGUCUCCUUCCGCUGUCACGUGCACCAGGUCCACUUUUGCUGAAGGUGGUCCAUGGUGCUCAUCCCACCUGGCUAGGAGCAGAAAAAAGAGGAAGCCGUACUCCAAACCUCAGCUGGCUGAACUUGAGAGCGAAUUCCUCCUCAAUGAGUUCAUCAACAGGCAAAAACGGAAGGAGCUUUCUGACAGACUGGACCUGAGCGACCAGCAGGUGAAAAUCUGGUUCCAGAACCGCAGGAUGAAGAAGAAACGGCUCCUGAUGCGAGAACAAGCCUUCGGUGCGUAUUGA